AAAUAUUCAAAUAGAUAGUCUUUCAACUUAUGAUUUCCUUGCGAUGGAACACGACCAAUGCAGUAAACAUUUGAACAAUUACAUUUUACCUCAAGAUCAAUUUUGCACACUUACCAGCAAGUACAGUAUAUACGAUUAUCCUGGGAGUCCACUUAUUGAGCGCAUCACUGGAAAAAAGGACGUGCUUCAAGGCAUUACGAUCUCUCCGUUUAAAACCGAUCGAAAAUAUCAGGCAUUUGUGUUUACCAGAGUGUCAGACUAUCUCGACUGGAUCAAAGAUACCAUUCAUCUACAGACGAUGCAAUCGAAGGGCAACAAGUUUAAACUUAAAUACAUUACUAUAAUUGGGGUUGUGUUUAUUGUCAGUAUUAUUAUAAUUCUGCUGACAAUAUGUAUCUAUCGGAAAACAUGUGCAAAGAAAAAAGUACUUGACGUAAGUGUUGAGACGAUAGUACCAUUGUAAAAGUAAGAAAAUAUUAUUAAUGUUAAAAGCUCUCUAAGCUUAAAAAAGACGAGCCAUUUAAAUUUCCAUCCACAACAGAAUGUUAUAACUUUUUGAAGAUUACAAAUUUUUUUUCUGUUGUUUAUCACUUGUGUCUCUCGAAUAUGCGUUGAAGAAAUUGGAUGCUUUCAUGUUAGUCCAAGAGAUAACCGUGAAUGUACGUAACUCUUGGUAUGCUGACUGAAACUUUCACGUUUAAUAGUAUU